CAAAAACCCAAAACCGCUAGGAUUUUGGAUAUCAACCCAAAUCCUAUAUUUUAUCCAUUGAUUAAGAACAAAAGGAAAGGAAACGGAAACAGAAAGAAUACGAGUCAAGGCGUCUAAAAUCUCAUUCCACAUCGGGGGCAGGCAGGGAGAAAUUGAAAAUUAAGUCUCCAGGCUCCAACUGCAAAUCAAAAUUUUGAAACAAUCCAAGUUGAACAGGGGUUACAAGAAAGAGAUGAUUGAAGGCGAAGGGAGGAGCGAAGUGAGCAAAGCAUUGGGAUUGCUUGUAUGUGGUACUUUGGUGUACUACCAUUGUGCCUACCGCAAUUCAACCAUUCUCUCUCUCUUCUCCGAUGUCUUAAUCGUUCUCCUUUGCUCUCUUGCCAUUCUCGGCCUCCUCUUUCGUCAAAUGAACAUCUCGGUACCAGUAGAUCCACUUGAGUGGCAGAUCUCACAGGAUGCCGCUAAUAGCAUUUUUGCGUGGUUAGCUAAUACUGUUGGGGCAGCUGAGUCAGUUCUAAGGGUUGCAGCAACUGGACAUGACAAAAGGCUGUUUUUUGGGGUCAUUGUUUGUCUUUACAUACUGUCGGCCAUUGGACGAUUGGUCUCUGGUGCCACUGUUGCUUAUGCAGGAUUAUGCGUGUUCUGCCUUUAUAUGCUUGCUGAAAACUCACAGUCAAUCAGAACAUGCGUUCCUCAGUUACAAAGGCAAAGAAAUGGAACCAUUGUUGAAGACGAUAAUAUGUAAUUGCAAGUGCUGUUUGAACACACGGGAAAGCAAGUUGAAGCUUCUGAACUUAGAUCAAGCCUUGUCAUAUCCUCGCUAUACUUUAGCCGACACUGUAAGAUGUAUUACUGAUUUUUAGUGCCGUAGUCAUCAAUAAAAUUUUAAAUUCAUUUGUAACAUGUGUACCUCCAAGAUUGUAAUACAAACUUUUUGGUUA